UUUAGUAGAAUUUUAGCAACGAACGCGUCUAAUUCAUUUCGUUUAGUUGAAUUAUUAUAAUAAAUCAUUUUUAUUAAAUGCACAUGUGAACUCGUAUACUAGUACAUGUUUCUACAAAUAGACGAUAAGAUGUUGACUUGGCACAUAUUGCAUCAGCAACGUCCUAUAAUUUUUUGGUGUCUUUCAAUUUUAUUUCUUUGUUCCAUACUGCAACAGAAUUUUGUAGCAACAUAUAAUACGCAACAACAUUUUUCGAACUCUUAUCAGCAUUUGCCGCAAGAACCGUAUCAGAUACAGCAACCUCAGUACCAAGAGGAAUCAUUAAAACGGCACACACUAUAUUCUAACAACAAUAAAGAACAACAAACAAAUGAAAGACUUAGAAUGCCAUCGAGAUCACUGAAACAGUCAAACGAUCAGUCAACGACAAAUUAUAAGAAACGACCUGCUGUUAUGGUGAAUAAUAUUACAGAAUCAUCACAGCAUAAGCAAAGAAUUUGGGUGCCGCCAGAUGUUAUUGAAAAAUAUCCAUUUGCUUUCACACUUCAAUUAGAUAAGAAACAGAAUUAUGCACAAAUUGAGAUAUGCGCCACUGACUAUAGACCGAUACGUUGGUAUGGCAAGGUAGUCUGUCGUCCAGUAUGCAAUAAUUGUAGAAAUGGUUUUUGUGUGGCACCUGGCGAUUGCAAAUGCUUUGAGAAUUACGUCAAAAGUGACAACGACGAUUGUGUUUUCACAUGUCCGUUGGGUUGCUUAAACGGACAAUGCUACUUAGAUGGCCGUUGUGUAUGUAAUCCAGGGUACACACUGGAUGAAACACGAAAGUUUUGUCGUCCGAUUUGCAGUGGAGAUUGCGGUCAAAACCCUAAACACAACUGCACUGAGCCGGAAGUAUGCAGUUGUCGUAACGAUUUUCAGUUAACUAGUAAUGGCUGCAAGCCUAUAUGUGAUCCAGAUUGUGGAGUUGGCGGAUAUUGUGUGGAACAUGAAAAUGAAAAUGCAUGCAAAUGUGAACCUGGUUAUCGUAUAAAAGAUAAAACUUGUCAAUCAGAUUGUUAUCAAAAAUGCGACAAUGGAAUAUGCUUUAGUCCAAAUCGAUGCAUUUGUAAACCAGGUUUUUCAUUCCACGAGCGUUCCACAAUUUGUGUGCCGAAUUAAAGAUAAAUAUUAAUGAGUUAUUAAGUUUUAGUGCUUGAGAUAAGAUAAUAAUAUUUGAUUGU